GUCGAGCCCAUCGUACGUGUUAUAAUUGUACGGCCAAACGAGAAAUCACUCGUCGUUUCUCAAAAGCAAUGUUCCGAUUCAACAGAACAGUCUUCAUUUUUCUUCUUCUUCUCGGUGCAGUUCGUUUUCAGAACGUCGAAUCUACGAUCGAUAUUUUCAAGAUAAUCGAACCGACACGGCGUUUAUAUUGUCAAAUAAAUUGCGUUGAUCUCAACAGUUGGAAUUUCAUUUGGAACUCGUUAUGUUUGAAAUUAUGUCCUGAAUUAGUAUUACUUGUGACCACCAGUACGUCCGCACAGACGACGGAAAAUGGCGUUUCUACAUCGACGCCGAUAGUUAUGACGACGCCAGGUACAUCCACUUCGACCGGUGGUGUAUCAUCCUCGACUACGUCGAGUUCAGGGAUGACAAUGAGUACGAUUGCAUCAACUUCUUCUGCAUCAACUUCUCCUGCAUCAACUUCUGGAACAACUUCUGGAUCAACUUCUUCUGGAUCAACUUCUUCUGGAUCAACUUCUUCUGCAACAACAACUUCUACAACACCUACUACAAGUACUACGACAUAGGGAUCAUUGAUCCGAGUGAUUUUUCAUCUCAUAAUUGUUGAUCAUCUCAUCGAACAAAUACAAGAUGGCGUUGCAUGUUCAAUUAUAAAUACGAUGAUAAAUUAAUAAUGUUCAUAGGUUUGUUCAUAUGUUCGAAUCUAUCUAUUGCGUUUAAAGAAAACGUGAAUACUUCUUUUUCAUUUCUUUUUUGUUUUUUUUUUUUUUUCUGUAACUCCACAUAUACUUUAUCUACUUAAUAAUAAAAAGCAAGUACUCAUAUUGUAUCUAUUAUUCUCUCGAUUACAAAUUGUUAUUUAUCGUUACAUCUCAAUAUUGUAUCAUCGACACGCUGAAAGAAAGAAAGAAAGAGAGAGAGAGAGAGAGAGAGAGAGAGAGAGAGAGAGAGAGAGAGAAAGAGAAAAGAGAAAUAACAACGAAUGAAAUACCAGUCGUAAGCCGUUCUGUUACGAUAGAAAUGACGAACACAAACGUUGAACACGCCAUACCGACGGAAAGAUAAAGAUUACGGCGAAUCGAAGUGUAGAAAACGAGACCUUGCUCUCGUUGUGAAAGUAACGCCAUAAGUACUUACGUAUAUAACGUACGGUAUUACGAGGAUCUUAUGUCCUCUCACUUUCUGCAUACGUUUAUGGGAAAUUGAUUAUCGAUGAAUUAUCAUUGGGUGAUCGUCGUUAAACAUAAUCGACAUUAAUUACAAUUAACGCAUAAUUACAUAUUAUUAAAGAUCGAUAUCUUCUUAAAAGUAUCGAAGACUUUUACUUCGACACUUUUAUCUUUUCGCGAAUAAGAAACGACGACGUUGGACGAUCAUUGAAUCAUUGAAUGUACCUUAUAAAUGUUAAGAAAAAGCUGUCGUUUAUGAGAUUUUCAAUGAUAACAGAAGAAAGAAAAACGAACAAAAUAAAUAAAUACAUAAAUAAAUAAAUAAAUAAAUAAGAAGGAAAAAAAGGGACAAACAAAGACGAUAACGUCGAAAAGAACGAAUGCAAUUAAGAUAGAACAAUAUAUUCGCGCGUAUUGGUAUCGUAAUAAUAACAAUAAUAAUAAUAAUAAUAAUAAUAAUAAUAAUAAUAAUCAAACGAGAUU